AUGUCAGACGGCAAGACAUUCACGCUAAGCAACGGUGUCACCAUCCCCGCCGUCGGAUUCGGCACCUUUGCCAACGAGGGCGCAAAAGGUGAAACGUACAAAGCUGUCACCUGUGCCCUACGCGUCGGAUACCGCCAUCUCGAUUGCGCAUGGUAUUAUUUGAAUGAAGACGAAGUCGGCGACGCUGUUCAAGAUUUCUUGAAAGAAAAUCCCUCGGUCAAGCGCGAGGAUAUUUUUAUUACUACCAAAGUAUGGAAUCAUUUGCAUCGCUACGAGGAUGUCAUCUGGUCAUUGGAGAACUCCCUCAAAAGAUUAAAGACGAGUUAUGUCGAUUUGUUCCUGGUGCAUUGGCCCGUUGCUGCUGAGAAGGAUGGCCAGGAGAAGCCCAAGAUUGGGCCGGAUGGAAAGUACGUGAUCCUACACGACUUGACCGAAAACCCCGAACCAACCUGGCGUGCCAUGGAAGAAAUAUACGAAGACAAAAAAGCCCGCGCCAUCGGCGUGUCGAACUGGACCAUCAAGGGCAUUGAACAACUCAAAUCCUUCGCCAAAAUCCCACCACACGUCAACCAGGUCGAGAUUCACCCAUUCUUGCCCAACAACGAAUUGGUCAACUACUUGUUCAAGAACAACAUUCUACCACAAGCCUACUCGCCCCUAGGAUCCCAGAACCAAGUACCCAGUACAGGCGAAAAAGUAAGCGAAAACUUAACACUCAAAAACAUCGCCGAACGUCGUGGUUUCACUCUGGCGCAAGUGCUUAUUGCAUGGGGUAUCCGACGCGGAUACGUCGUCCUACCCAAAUCGUCCACUCCAUCAAGAAUCGAGUCAAAUUUCAAGUCGGUCCAAUUAACAGACGAAGAUUUUGCGGAAGUUAAUGCCGUUGCGAAUGCUCGUCAUUGCCGAUUUGUGAAUAUGAAGGAUACUUUUGGCUAUGAUGUUUGGCCGGAGGAGGCUUGA